AUGGAUAAAGCCAUAAAAGAGGCAGACAGAUGUAGCCACGUCAUAAGUAAAGAAGAAUUAAUGCAAAUGGCGGAGAAAACAAUAUCAAUUCAUCAAGAAGAACAAGCUGAUUUCGAGGAACAAUAUCUGCCAAUUGAAACUUCUUUCGAGAAAGAAAUAUACCAUGAUCUACGAAAUAAAUUUGACGAUUUCAUGAAACGACUUUUUAUAUUUAAAGAAGAGCUCGAAGGGCUUGACAAGCAAAAUAAGAUAGAAGAAUUUGCAAAGGAACAUUUUCCGAUUUCAUUGAAGAAAAAAAAUGAUAUAAUUGUUUUUACGAACGAUUUUAUAGCUUUUGGACUCAGUUUAGUUAUUGAUCGUAUAAGCGUAAGUCUACAGGAGAUUUCGAAUCACCUUCGGAACAACGUGCGUGCUAUGCGAGAAAUAUCUGAAGUAAAUAUUUCCCAUUUGUUAAUCCGGCUUUACGAGAAGAAUAAGGAACAUCUAAUGCUGUCUCGACAGGACGUAAGGUCAUCAGUAGAACUUGCUGAAGUUCAACGCAGUAUGGCAAUAAUAAAGGACAAAAUCGAAGAUUCCAAACUGAUACCGAUUCAACGUCUGCAAGAGGAAUUCAAUUAUUGGGAAUCGAGAAUGCACGAAUUUCAACAAAUUGAGAAAACGCUUAAAAAAAUACAAGCUGAAGAAGAGAAAGUUCUAGAACAAGAGCAGUUAUUUUAUUCUAUAAAGGAUACUGAAAUACCAACUGAAAAAUUGAAAAGUAGGGCAAAGAUGGAAAAGAAAUUAAAGCAAAAGUUGGAACAAAUAAGAGAGUUAAAAUUAAACGCGGCAAAGGCCUUAGUAACUUUUUUUACUGUCAGAGGUCGAGAUCGAAUUUUCAAUUCAGAUAAUAUUGGCACGUAUUACGUAGACGAAUAUGGUCAUCAAUGCUAUAUAUUCGACUAUGGCCUUAAGAGUUACCAUGUCAAUUGUGUUGGAGACUUUGUUGACAAAAAUGAGAAUGAAAAAUAUUAUUAUGACAAUAUGGGUCGCUUUAUUUUAAGUGAAAAUGGAGAAAAACUUUAUCAAUUAGCUCCAUGUUCAAGCACUUAUAGGAUCCAGAAAGAUCUAUUCUCGAAGGCUUCCCAGGAUUGUGGGCAUUCGGAAGAAGUUAAAGACGAAUGUCACAUGAGAAUUAAAAAUCCACUUGACGCAGUUAUAUUACCUGACGUAGAAUCAGUUGAUAUAAAAGGUAAACUGGACCCCAAAAUAGUAACAUAUUUAUGGGACACUUUUGGUCAUGUUCUGCCCGAAGUUUUGAACGACGUAGGCGAGACUCGUCCAAAGAAUCCAAUACACCACAUUGCCCAUAAGCUGCUGUCGUUAAAAUUCAAGAAAACAGAAAACGAUUUGGCGAAGAUGAAACAAGAAGCUAUGAUGUAUCGUGAUAAAAUACAUAAAUAUCGCUUACAGAAAUUACAACAAAAAGUAGAUGCGUGGAAAGCGAAACAGGUUAAGCGCCGUAAACCAGAAGAGUCUGAUGAUACUGAAGAGCAGUUCGCUUACAACGCACAUGUGAUGCAACAAGACCUCAUUAGAUCUUUAGAAAACUAUGACAUUUAGUUAUAAAUUAAAAAAACCUUGUUAUUAUGUUUAAACUAUAGAAUAUGAUUGAUAAUCUAUAUUAUCAAUUUUUAUUGCAUGCAAAAUUUAUUAGUUUUUUUUUUAUAAUUCC